AUGGGUCGUACAAGCACCGAAGACGCACCUCGCUCUGGAAGGCCAAAAGAGGCUACGAAUGCGGAAAUCGUAAAACCAAUUACAAUUCGAAUUGGUUCCUCACCCACCGUAUUCUCCAGACUUGCCCCCCAGCGACUAUUAUCUGUUCCCAAAGCUCAAGUGGUGGCUCCAGGAAAAGAGAUUUACACAUCGAAUGAGGAAGUCAUCGCGGAAACCGAGGCAUAUUUCGAAGGCUUGGACGUUUCGUACUACAGAAAGGGCAUCGAAAUGUUGGAAAAUCGCUAUACCAAGUGUAUCGCCCUCGAAGGCAACUAUGUUGAGGAAUAAAUAUAACUUUGCC